AUGCUACUAUUUACUAUUCUGUCUUCUGUUACACUCAUUCAUGUCUCUUGCUUCGAGUUCCAAGUCGGUGAUAGAGCUGGUUGGAUCGUUCCUCCGACGAAUCACACUAAAUUCUACAACGAUUGGGCUUCCGAAAAGCGGUUCAAGAUCGACGACAUUAUUCGUUUCAAUUACAGAAAGGAUUCAGUGAUGGAAGUUAGUGAAACAGAGUACAAGAACUGCAAUACAACACGCCCUAUUUUCUUUUCAAAUACUGGGGACACCAUAUUCACCCUUGAUCGCCCUGGAUUUUUCUACUUUAUAAGUGGAUCGUUUGGACACUGCAAGAGAGGCCAGAAAAUUAUAAUAAGAGUUAUUGAGCAAAAUCAGGUCAAAAAUGCAACUUCUUCUGCCUCGAGAUAUCCUAAGAUUUUAUCUUAUAAAUUCGCUGUAAUAGUUUUUGCUCUUCUUUGUCUUGCUUGA